AUGGGUCGAAGACGUUCAGGUGGUAUCCGCCAGGCGGCUGUGAUGCAGAAGCAGAGGAUGAGGGAGAGGAGAGCUGCACGAGCAGAGUCAUCCGAUGCCUCGGUAUCAGAUGGUUUGGGAGAACCAUCCCCAGUGUUGGCAACUGCGGGAAAAUCUCCAAAUGCCCUGAGGUUGGUAACUCCUCAGGGAAGUCUGUGCGUCCAAAAGGAUGUCCCACUGAGGUCUGAUUCGCCACCGUGCGUAUGUACACCACCGCGUGUACCACCAGUAACUACCGAUGGUAGGGAUGGUGCAGGGCAGACGAACACCACUGGGUCAGUACCUACUGAUUGCACAUCACACGUGCCAUCACAACAAACUUGUGAUGCAGUGGUUCAAGAUGUUGAAACAAAAGUUACAAGAACUUGUGUUAACGAAACAAAAAACGAUUUAAUGAACAAAUCAAAGAACAAACUGAAAUAUAACUCAAAAAAUGAAACAAAAACCUUACCUCAGGGCAGAACAAAAGAUGAGAAAACUCUUAAAGAACAAGAUAAUACUCCGACUCAACUACCCAAUGAACAAAAAGACAGACUUUUUGAAAGAAUAUCUCAAAUAGAAAAUGAAAACAAGGUCAGAAUAGAUUCUGAUAAUGAUCAAGCAUACACUGAUACUAUUGAUGAUAAUAUAACGGAUGUUAUUUUUGUACAACAGACUGAGCCUGAAAUUUAUCCAUUUACACCACUGUCUUUGAAAUCAAAGGAGACAUUUGUACAGCAGUUUGGAUUUAAGAAUGUUAUUUCGGAUAGUAACACACAAAUCACCAAAGAAAGUCGCACACUAGCCAGACCAAAGCAAACAAGAACAAUAUGUGGUGAUGGAAAUUGCUUCUUUAGAGCUGUAUCUUAUGUUCUAUGUGACAGUGAAGAAAAUCACAUGUUCUUUAGAAAUGAAGUUGUAAAUCAUAUGAUUGAUAAUGAUAUACAUUUUAGAAGUCACUUAAGAUCAGGUGAACGCUCUGUAAGUAAUUAUGUGGUUAAGAAACGUAUGUUGCAUAAUGGUACAUGGGCAACAGAGGUAGAAAUACUAGCUGCAGCAGACUUUUUGAAAACAGAUAUCUUUAUCUAUGAUGAUGCACAGUCUACUUGGCUAAAAUUUUCAGCAAAACAAGUCCGCCCAUUUGUAGAUGUUCAUGAUGAAAGUAUAUACUUAAUUCACAAAUAUCAAGCUCAUUAUGAUGUUGUUUUGGAUGUUAUGGAAAAGGAUUGUUCUAUUGAAACAUUUGCUGGAAACAAACAAAAUAUUUACUUUGCAGUUCAAAGUACAGAAGAAAAAGAACAUACUAAGCAAGUACCAAUGGCAGUACAAGGCCACUUUGACCAAAGCGAUCCAAGGUUUCUGGACAAUGCUGGUAAGCAAUGUGUUAUGAAUAGUUUGUCAGCUCUUAUUUACAGUUGCAACAAACAUACAGCAGCUUGGACACCAUUUGAUGUAGAUCAAAUCCUUACAAAAGGCAAUGAAAUGUAUGAAAUUUUGCGGCGUAGUAGUACCAUUGAGCAUGACCUGCUAGCAAUUCAUGAAAUACCAAGAUGUGUCGAGUACAAUGAUGAGCUAUACCACUUCACAUUUCAAGAAUCACUUAUGGGUACGCUUGACAGUACAGGACAAAAUUUAGACGAAUUUCAGUUUUAUACACUGGAUGAAGCUUUAACAAUAUCUUUGAUGCAGGAUGAUAGCCAGGGUGCAUUUGUGACAUUUAGAGGAAAUACAUUUGUUGUCAUUAAACAGGAUAACCUUUACUGUAUAUGCGAUUCUCACUCGAGAAAUUUAACUGGCAUAGUUGAUCCAAAUGGCUCUAGUACUGUUAUACAUUAUCAAAAUAUUGAGAAUGUGUUACAUCAUUGUCUUCAACUUGCAGAAUCUUUGGCGUGCCAAUUAAAUGAUGUUUUUGAAAUAACUGCCGUCACAGUAUCUAAAGAAUCUUCCACCGAAUCAGGAACUAGUCGUGCAAGUUCAUUAUCAAACAAAAACCAAAAAACUGAAAAAGAUUCAGUCAGUAGAAAGAUCACACUAGAGUCGUAUUUCCAAGAUCAGGAAAAGAGGAAAAAAUGUUGGAGAAUGAAAACAGACGAUGGAAAUAGCACAGACACUCUUUCUGUUUCUAUCUGUUCAAGGAAAGAAUAUAUGCGUAACUAUAUGAGAAGAAUUAGACUGAGUUCGAAACAAGCAAGCUUUCAGAAAAAAGACAAGAAAAGGAAGAGAGAUGAAAGGCAAAAUAAUCCAGAAAAACACCGUGCCCUAGAUAAACAAAGCAAGGCCAAUGCACGUGAUAAAGAUCCAGAAAAACAGAGACUAAUAGAUGUACAAAAGAAGGCUAAGGCACGUGCAAAAAACCCAGAAAGGUACAAAGCUGUUGAUCUACAAAGCAAGGCCAAUGCACGUGAUAAAAAUCCAGAAAAACACCGUGCGCUAGAUAAACAAAGCAAGGCCAAUGCACGUGAUAAAGAUCCAGAAAAACAGAGACUAAUAGAUGUACAAAAGAAGGCUAAGGCACGUGCAAAAAACCCAGAAAGGUACAAAGCUGUUGAUCUACAAAGCAAGGCCAAUGCACGUGAUAAAAAUCCAGAAAAACACCGUGCGCUAGAUAAACAAAGCAAGGCCAAUGCACGUGAUAAAGAUCCAGAAAAACAGAGACUAAUAGAUGUACAAAAGAAGGCUAAGGCACGUGCAAAAAACCCAGAAAAGUACAAAGCUGUUGAUCUACAAAGCAAGGCCAAUGCACGUGAUAAAAAUCCAGAAAAACACCGUGCGCUAGAUAAACAAAGCAAGGCCAAUGCACGUGAUAAAGAUCCAGAAAAACAGAGACUAAUAGAUGUACAAAAAAAGGCUAAGGCACGUGCAAAAAACCCAGAAAAGUACAAAGCUGUUGAUCUACAAAGCAAGGCCAAUGCACGUGAUAAAAAUCCAGAAAAACACCGUGUGAUAGAUAAGCAAAGUAAGGCCAAUGCACGUGAUAAAAAUCCAAAAAAGUUACAGGAACUUGACCUAAAGAGCAAACAACGAGCCAGAAAAGAUCCUCUAUACCUCGAGCAAGAGCAGCUGGUGAAAAAGAAAGCUAGACUUGAUCCAUUGUUUUUACAAGCCGAAGCUAAAGCUGAUGUUUGUAGGAAAAGGCAGUUACGCUUAAAUACAAACUUCCUUGAGAACGAAAGGUUAAAACAAGUAGAACGAAGGAAGCGAAAUACAAUAGAACAUAACACAUUAGAUAGAAUACGAAAAGCAGAUAAUCGAAAACAUGAUUCAUUUAGUGGUAAUGAAAGACACCAAUACAAAAAGAGGCGUUUUGGAAAUGAUAUCACAGAAUGCAUAACUGUCUUCCAAAGAAAAAUUCAGAGAGGGCCUGAAUAUGUGUGCACAUGUUGUCAACAGACUUGGUUUAGUGAAAGUGUAAAAGAAAGUUGCCCCAUUCCUCUUUUUCCACAAUACACAGAUUUCUAUACAGGAUUCAAAUCGGUAGAUGGUAAGGAAUGGAUUUGUCAUACGUGUUAUGCCUCAUUGAAAAAAUGUAAAGUCCCAAAACUGUCCGUCAAGAAUGGAAUGAAAUGGCCAGAAAAACCACCAGAAUUAGACUUGCAUCCACUAGAAGAACGCCUUGUAGCUCUCAGAAUACCUUUUAUGCAAAUACGAGAAUUACCACGAGGCGGACAAUACUCUGUAAAAGGAAAUGUAGUGAAUGUCCCAAUAGAUAUUCAACCAACUAUUAAUGCAUUACCAAGACAAAUGGAUGAACAUUUCACAGUUGCUGUAAAACUGAAAAAAAGACUUUCAUAUAAAUCAUGUGUUUUGUCGGAGAAUGUUCGGCCUAACAUGGUACUCUCUGCCCUUCAUUGGUUGAUGAACAACAGUGAUUUGUAUAAGAAUUCUUGUAUUAAAAUUGAUGAUGAUUGGGUUCAGAAAACAGUUGAAAGUGCUGAAGAAUUUGUUCAAGAAUUCACUAAAGUACAAGAUAAUGAAUUAAAUGUGCUGAAAAACCAAUCUAGUUCUGUACCUACUGAUCAAUUCAAAAUCAGACACUUCAAAGAGAAUAAUUCAGAUAAUCAAAGCUGUGAUGACAGCACUGAUGCUUGUGAGAAAGAUGAUAAUUUCAUUGAAAUGAAUGAAGAUGAAUGCGUUCAAGGCAAUUCUGAUACGCUCAUUGAUGAAGCCAACCUUGACACAAACAAAGAGCUAAUCUUUGCACCAGGUGAAGGUCAGCAACCAAUCGGUCUCUAUCAUGACGAAGAUGCUGAGGUUCUAUCAUUUCCAUCGAUAUAUUGUGCACAAAAAAGGUUGAAAAACAAUGAGAGACAAACACCUGUUUCAUACAGUGAUUUAGCAAAAUGGGAACUUCGAAGUGUUGAUCGAAGAGCUGCAGCAUCUGUUCCAAAUAUAUUUUUCAAAUUGAACAAAAUACAAAGAAAACAGGUAGCAGACAAAGUAAAUUUGGCAAUCCGCAGAAAAAAGAGUGAUGGAAACAAAAUUACUGCUUCAGAUGCACAAAAUCCUGAAAUAGCAGACAAGAUAGUAAGCUUAAAUGAAGGCUACUAUAUCUUCAGAACUCUCAGAAAUUCUCCAGCAUAUCUUUCUUCAAGAAAAAAAGAUGUUUUUGCAACGAUAAGACAGAUAGGAUUACCAACAUGGUUUAUGUCAUUGUCUUCUGCUGAUACUCGAUGGAACGAGUUGCUUAAAACCCUUGCUGUGUUAUCUGGCACACCUUGCUCUGACCAACAAAUAAGAAAUAUGACAUGGUCUGAAAAAGUUAAACUUGUACAAAAAGAUCCAGUGACAUGCAGCCGAUAUUUUGAUCAUAGGGUUCAAGUAUUUAUGAAUACUGUUUUGAAAAGUGAACAUGCCCCAAUUGGAAGUGUAACAGACACUUUUCAACGUAUAGAAUUUCAGAACAGAGGUUCUCCACAUGUUCACAUGAUGAUCUGGACUGAAAAUGCACCCAAAUACAACAUUGAUUCAGAAGAAGACAUUAUUCGAUAUGUUGAUAAAUAUGUGACGUGUUCUCUUGAUGUAGAUGAUGACAUGCAGGAGUUUAUCAAAAUGCAAGUACACAAACAUUCUAAGACUUGCAAGAAAGGUGGCAGAUCUGUGUGUAGAUUUGGAUUUCCACUUCCCCCACUUCCAAACACUAUGUUAUUGGAACCACUUGAAACAGAUGUUGAUGAAUACAGACAGAAAUACUCGGAAAUUCAUGCUAGAAUGAAUGAAUUCAAAGAUGGAUGUGACAUGUCUUAUGAAGAGUUUCUAACAGAAGUUGUACAAAUUGAAGAGGCAGAGUACAUUAAGUGUAUAAGAAGUUCACUGAAAGGACCAAAGAUAUUUUUAAAAAGAGAACCAAAAGAAAUGAGGGUAAAUUACUACAAUACCACAGUACUACAAGCAUGGAAAGCAAAUCUCGACUUGCAAUUUGUUAUAGACCCAUAUGCCUGUGCAAUGUACAUUGUAUCAUACAUAAGCAAAUCACAAAGAGGUAUGAGCACUAUGUUAGAACAAGCUUCAAAAGAGGCAGCAGAAGGAAACAUGGAUCUUAAACGUCAAGUCAGACAUAUUGGAAACAAAUUUCUCAAUUUUGUAGAAAUAAGUGCCCAAGAAGCAUCAUAUCUUGUACUACAAAUGCCCUUGACCCGAGCUUCUCGUGAAGUUGUAUUCAUUAAUACAUCGUUACCUAAAGACAGAGUGUUCCUUCUGAAAAGCCAAGAACAACUGAAAGAUCUUCCCAAAAACUCUACAGAUAUUGAAUCUGACAAUAUCAUCAAGCGGUAUGCAAGGAGACCAAAGAAGCUAGAGAACUAUUGCCUUGCUGAUUAUAUUUCUGAGUUGGAUGUGAAAUACAAAAAACCAAAGCAAACUUUAGAAAAUGAUCAUAAUGAUGAUGAUGAUACAGGACAUUAUUCAGAUGAAGAUAACCACUCUGAAUCUGAGAGUGAUACAGAAUUCAAUUAUGAAAACACAAUUAUGAAGUUGCGGGGUGGCAUUACAAUCAGGAAACGCAAGAACCCUAGAAUUAUUCGAUAUGUCAGGUAUAGCAAAACUACUAAUGCUGAAAACUACUACAGAGAAAAACUAUUACUGUUUGUACCAUGGCGAAAUGAAGAGCAAGAUUUAUUAAGUGGUCAUGAAUCAUAUGAAGAACACUUCAACAGCAGACAACAACAGAUAUUGCCUAUUAUUGACAAAUAUGAACAUCAUGUUGAGGAACUAGACAUGGCUAGACAUCAGGCAGAGGAAGACAUAGUCUCAGAGUUUGAUACUGUUGCACCUAACACUGAACAAGUGCAAGCAGAAGAUGCAGAACAGUCAGUUGAUCACUCUGAAGAGUUCAUUCACUAUGUACCACCAGAACCAUCACACAGAACAGUAGACAUUGGUCAAGACCUAAACCUACCAGAAAGUACAGUAUCGGUUGAAACAAGAUCAGUACUUUUGCCAGAUAAUGAAUAUAUGACAUUGCUCCGUUCUUUGAACAAAAAGCAAAGGGAAUUUUUCAACCAUGUCGUGAAAUGGAUUUCUACAAAAAAUGAACCUAUCUAUGCAUUUCUUUCUGGUGGAGCUGGAGUUGGAAAAUCAGUAGUUAUCCGAGCAUUAUUCCAAGCAUUGCAAAGACAGUUGAACUCGAAAGUAGGUCAUGACCCAGACAGCAUAAAGAUUUUGCUCACAGCUUUUACAGGAAAAGCAGCAUACAAUAUCAAUGGUGUAACAAUAGCAUCAGCAUUUCAUAAGAAAAUGUUUCAGACACAACAACACAUGCACAGUGAUGAGCUGAAUACCUUCAGAACCACAUACAAAGAUCUCUCUGUCAUCAUUGUUGAUGAAAUUUCAAUGGUUGGUAAUAAGCUGUUUGCUUUCAUGCAUGAACGCUUAACAGAACUGACAGGCACAAAGCGAGACUUUGGUGGUAUAAGUAUCAUAGCAGUUGGAGACUUAUUUCAACUAUCACCUGUGGCAGACUCGUGGAUCUUUAAUGAUUUGAAGAUAGGUUUAGCAAGGAACUUGUGGAAAGAACAUUUUCAACUAUUUGAACUUGAGGAAAUCAUGAGACAGAAAGAUGAUUUACAAUUUGCUCAGAUGUUAAACAGGUUGAGGGUAAAUGAACUCUUACCAGAGGACAGAGAUCUUAUUAAAUCUCACACCAUUACACCUUCAUCACCUACUUAUCCAAAAAAUGCCUUGCACUUAUUUACUGAAAAUAAGCGAGUCAAUCAUUUCAACAACGAGUUGAUACAAGACCUAGACACCACAAAGAUCAAUGUGCCAGCUCAUACAGAUGUCAUUGCCCCUUCAAAUAUAAGCAAGCAAUCAAAAGUUCACUUGAUAAAAGAAAUGAAUAAGCAAGAAAAUCACAGCAAAACUGGAAACUUACCUAGCUUGCUAAAACUUGCAGAAGAAAUGUUAUAUGAUGUUACGGUGAAUGUGGAUGUAAAAGAUGGAUUAACAAAUGGAGCUUCAGGCAUUGUUAAACACAUUGAAUUCAAAGAAAUGAACUAUGAAAGACCUGGCAUUAUAUGGAUACUUUUCACUGAUGAAAACAUUGGAUCUAAAAGGAGAACAAAAUACAAAGAUCUAUAUCAUAGAGGAAUCAAUAGGUUGUGGACACCAAUGUUUGAAACAAAACGGACAUUUUUAAACAAUAGAAAAACUUAUGAAAGAACACAGUUUCCUCUAGCCCCAUCUGCUGCCAAAACUGUACAUAAAGCACAAGGUACCACUGUUGAUGAACUGGUAGUUGACCUUAGGUCCAAUUACAAAGCUCCACAUAUCCACUAUGUUGCAUUGUCAAGAGUUCGAACAUUAUCAAAUCUAUACAUCCUUGAUUUCAACGACAAGGCAUUAACAGUUGACAAAAAUGUACAUGUGGAAAUGGACAGACUCCGUAAAAUACCUAUGCAUUUGUGCUAUAUUCCAUUAUACAGCAUUGACAAUGCACAUGUGAAACUCGCAUUCAACAAUGCAAGGUCGUUGCACAAACACAUAGAUGAUGUAAGACGUGAACCAAACAUUCAAAGUGCAGAUAUCAUUGGAAUUUGUGAAUCACGACUUGUUGAUACAGACAGACAGGAAUGUUAUGAUUUACCUGGCUUUACUGCACACAGACUGGAUGAAGAUUAUAAUGGCAAAACAAGGCCAAACCAUGGACUAGUUGUGUUUGUGAAGCAUGGAAUUACUGUCGACAGAAUACAGUCCCAUAGAUAUGAUGGAAUUGAAUCCAUGACCAUCUAUGCAAAAGUCAAGGAAACAGAGAUUCAAGUUGUCUACCUUUACAAAACACCAAAACUUGGUAUGCAGUUAUUUUUGAAAGCAUUAACAGACCACAUAAAACCAUGCAUUGAUAGAAAUAGAUCACUCUUCAUUCUUGGUGACUUUAACAUCAAUCUUCUGGACAUGCCUAAUGACUUCUUGCGAUUUAUGAGAAGUGAAUUCUCAUGCAAACAAGUAGUUACAGAGCCAACAACAUGUUAUGGAACACUACUCGAUCAUAUCUACACUACAGAGACUGGAGUACAGACAGGAGUUAUUCCAACAUAUUGGUCUGAUCAUUCCCUUACUUUCUGCAUGAAACAAUUUUAGAUACAUUUGUAAUACAAUGCAAUCAAAAUAAAGAUGCAAUGUAAAACAUGCACCAUAGAAUUACAAUGUUAAUCAGGGAAGGAUCAUUUGAUAAUAACAAAUCGAAAAAUCCUGACAGAUCAAUUACUGAACUAGCAGAAUUUAAGUUAAAUACAUAACAUAGUGAAGCAGACCUUAUAACUAUUGCAAUGUCAACCAAAACAAACUCAUAUUUACAAAACAGUUUACUCAUCAAUAUCAUGAAAUAUUUUUGAUUUUGAAAAAUGUCUUAAACUGAAACAUUAGAAUUUAAGAAACUUAAAACAAAAAUACAGAUAGAUAAUCAUGCUUAUGUGACAUAUUAUUGUAAUGAUUGUGUGCUUAGAUAUGGUAUUUGUACCAUAUUUAAUCACAUAGUAGAAAUUACCCCCACUGGCUAAAUAGCUAUGGGGAGAGCAUGCACACUUUGUUUGUAUUGUUACAUCAAUGUAUUAUUAGUUGUGUGCUUCCUGUAUCUGAUAGUAUAUGUAAAUUAAUUGAUGUACAAAAUCUGAUGACCUUUUAUCCAUUUUAUAGAUUUACCCACCUGCUUUACUCAAACUUGACUCACACUUUUUUUCAGAUAUCAUUACAUUCCAAUAUGCAAGUAAAAUGUUGAUGUGUUUUUGAAAUCAAUCAGAUAUUGAAUUCUAUGGAACUAGUAUGAAUUCGUGAUCAGAUGCACACAUUCAACAUACUGUACUUUCUCUUAAGUUACUGACUUGCUUGUAUGACACCAAUGACUCAUCUAUUGUUAAACAUUUGUCAGAAAAUUUGUUAAAAUUUGGAAAACUGACUUCAAAUGAUUUUGAUGUGUAUGACCUAUCAUGUAUCGCAUACACAAUUAUGCAAAAUAUACAUGUGUACAACUUUGAUUCAAGGAGAUACCUUAAAAGUGUAUCAAUGAAAAUAUCAACUGACAUUUGUUACAACAAAGUGCAGAUGAAUAAUGAAACUAAUCAACAAAAAAGAACCUCAACAAAGUGCUAACGAAUCAAUAUCAAGAAAAUGAACAAAAACAUCAACAUUACUGCUACACAAGACUUUUGGAAAUUCUGGGGUAUUGGACAAUCAUUUCAACCCUGUAACUACCACAAAUGAUCAGAUCCUUUGUACUGGCCACAGACCUAAAUCACUAUCAGGAAUAGAAGAGACCAACCAAUAUUAAAAAAAACAGUAGCAUGUAGACAAAUUCCGGACACAGAAAAAGUUUUCUAAGAUGUACAUCGACUCCCUACACACAAUUCACAUCAAAUCAAUAUUUAUCCAGUUGAGUUCUGCAAGACCAAACAAGUCUUUGUGUCGGUUUCAAUUUAUCUCCAAAUUGUAAAAUGCAAACACAACUAUUCUUCAUGAAGAUAACAGAUUUAAGUUUAGAUUUGUGCUACAUCAUGUUAUGAAAAACAACUGCAAUAUUUCAUUAACUGCUGUUGUAUUUGAACAAUUAGACCAUGUGUUUUCAUUAGUUGGUCUCAAUUUUAAUUCAACCUGGACUACAACAAAAACAAGAAUUCCUUGGAGAAAAUUUUUUCCUAGAAUAUAGGCCAAAAUAUGAAAAUAACACUUUCCGAUACAUGCAGAGUGAAGACAUUGAAAUUAAGAUAUUUAGCUGUAUACUGUUAUCAUACCAUUAACUUAAAUUCUGUGCUAUAUAUUGUGUACGUGUAUAUAAAAUUUAUUUAUUAUUAAGACUGACAUUUUGCUAUUCGUUAGAAAGAAAUAUACAUGUAUGUUACAAUAUAUAUAUGUUACAUCCAGUUGUUCCUCAUGCUACUAAAAGCAUACUCUGUUUAAGUGUAUUUUAGUCAUGCCCUAAAAACAACCAAACAUUUGAAUAUCUGAUCAAGAAGGUCACUAAGAAUAUUUGCAAAUAAGCCUCUGCUAUUUGAUGUAAGACUUAAAACAAGAAUGUGAUUAAAGCACAUGAUGUCUUCAGCAACUUGAUUCCGAACAAAUUUAUGUAGAUUUAUGGUAACAGGUAAGUAUCUGAAAAAGGGGUCACUGGCAUGGCAGUAAAUGCCUAUAAACUCUUUCUUUCUAUAUCAUGUUGCACAAAGAACAUUGAGUAAUUUCAUGAUGACAUAUCAGAUGUGCAUGCUAUAGUUCCAAGGCAUGCCAUCUAUAUUUUUAGUGUGUCGUUAAAAGCGACUAAACUGAUUUAAAACACUUUUUUAAACUCUAUUGUCAAUAUUUCAUGCAAAAAAAAACUCAUAAGUACUCAGUUUGGCAUUAGACAAGAUGAAAAUAUUUGUAUUGUGUUUAUAUGGGAAAAUGAGCCAUACAAUCUUGUGCUAAAUAUGGCUAUGAAACAUCACAUUUCAUCAUUGUUCAUUCACUAAUUGCUAAUUUUAUUCAUAAUUUCAUUACAUGAUUUUAAUGGUAAUUAAAAAAUUAUUGUGUA